AUGGGCGGAAUGAUGUCCGGCGAGAAGGUGUUCGACGACUCGAAGGCGAUUCAGCGAGUGCAGAAGCAAAUGAUUCACAACAGCGAUCCAAAUUUGUCGAUCAGUCUGCCAGAAGUCACACCAGACAUGAAGCAGAAGCUCAAUUUUCCGAAGGUUGAACUCCACCUUCAUCUCGAUGGAUCAAUUCGCUUCGACACAAUUCUGGAUCUCGCUCAACAGAAGGGCAUCUCGUUGGCCGGCGCUCGUACCGUCGAUGAGCUCAAGAAGGUUCUUGUCACCCACGAGCCAGCGAAUCUUUCCAAAGUGCUCGAAGCAUUCGAAAUUUUUCUUCCGGUGAUUCGCGGCGAUGUCGAGGCGAUCGAACGCGUUGCCUAUGAACUUUGCGAGGAUCAACACAACAACGGCGUCGUGUAUUUCGAGGGACGAUAUUCGCCGCAUUUGUUGCUUUCGCCGGAAAAUCCCGAAAUCACCGCCGCCCAUAUUGUUGCCGCUGUCAAGAAGGGAUUCGAUCGCGGCGAGAAGGAUUUUGGAGUCAAAGCGCGAUCGAUUCUUUGCUGCAUUCGUGGACUCGACAAAAAAUUCCCGCAACUUAUUCUUGACCUUGCCACAGAUCUUAAGCAACUCGGUGUCGUCGCUAUCGACGUUGCUGGAUCUGCACACGGAGCCGAUGAGCAGUAUGAGCCAGAGGUGGUUGCGGCAUUCCAGGAAGCCUAUAAGAGAGGAAUCCAUCGUACAGUUCACGCUGGAGAAAGCGGAGGUCCACGAGAAGUUUUAAGGGCGAUCCAAGAUAUGCACGCUGAACGCAUUGGACAUGGAUACAGAGUCAUGAGGGAUCCACAGAUGUACCAUGAUCACUUCGUUAGUGAUAGAUCUAUUCAUUUGGAAGCAUGCCCAUAUUCUUCGGUUAUGACUGGUGCGGUUCCAUUAAACUGGAAAGAGCAUCCAAUCGCGAGAUGGGCACAAGAUGAUGUCAACUUUUCUGUGUCUCGCGAUGAUCCGACAUGUUUCGACAAUACAAUGCUCAGUGAGUUGACAUUGGUCAAUGAGGAAAUUGGUCUCACUGGACAUCAACUAUGGAAGGCGCAACUGAACGCCGCCCGAUCGACAUUCUUGCCGGAAGAUGAGAAAGAAGCUCUUGUUAAGAUAAUUCUUGCCGCCGAGCCUCCACAAUAA